CUGACAUUCCUAGUCCACCCGGAACGAAGUCUUACGCCCAGGAAGGCAUGAUACGUCAUCUAGAACGAUAGGAAGCGGUUGAUGACGGUGGUGUGAGGACUCGCUUUGUUGAGAAGCCGAAAUGCUGAUGAAUACUGGCAUCAGUUGGGACGCUUGGGAUAUGUGUAUGGUCGACGGCAUAGAUAAAUACGUCGACAAACGGACUUUUUUGUAUCGCUCUCUAUCCAUCCUAAAAUCUUGUCUCGUUGAGCCCAACACAUAUUGAAGAUGAUACGGGCCAAGGUCCUUUACUUUUCUGGAGAGAUACCUCAAGGGGAUCCGGAGGGCGACCAGCGAGAUUUGUUCAGGAAGCUGCACUUACUCAGCAAGGAGCGAAGUUAUCCGAUCCUUGCCCUCUUUCUUGAAACCAUCACACGGGCUGUGAAGGAGGAACAGCGUCGACUGAUCCGCACUGAGAGAGAUUCGAUACCAGCUUUCGAGAGCAUCCUGGACUUGACCGAUCAUGUCGUUGAGCUGAGGAAAACGUCACUUGGUGGAGCGGUCGAGCGAGUACUGGUGCUUGCCUUUCAGCUGGGAAGCUUCAUUGCAUACCACGAAGCUCACCCCCUCGAAUAUAAUUUUCAGUCGUCAGAUACAUUCCUAAUUGCGAGAGGCCCAGGCAUGCUAUCAGCGGCAGCGAUCGCACUUUGCCCAAAUGUGUCUAUGGUUCCAAGCAUUGCUGGGGACAUCGCCAAAGUAGCGUUUCGAUUCGGGCUCGUUGUUGAUCAGGUCUGCCGAUCAUUGGAAAUUUCACCAGAUGAGAUCAACGCUGCUGGGGCUUGGAUAUAUUGCGUGUACGGUGUUGACCCAUCCGAGGCUGAAGAAGCAGUGGCACUUUUCAAUGCCGAGAAGGUAAGUCAGAUUUCCAUGUUGUUUUCGAUUGGAAGGUUUCCAAGGUUGGGUCAGAGACUUGGCGUCCGGGUGCCGAGCCCCACUUUGCGCACCCAGCAGUUCCAUUCUGAUCAGGGGUCCAACUGACGCUAGUAUCUCCUGUGACCUGCAUUUCGGGCGCUCACCUUGUGAGGUGGUCAUCUCGGUUGCUCAUUCUGUCGCCAUCUCCUUCCCUAUCAUUGCAUCCAUCCACACUCUCCUUUGUCUGCCUUUCCUAGGUGCUUGUGGGAGCGAUGUUGUGCCUCAUCUCCAGUCCUUCUGUCCCCAUUUCUUGGACCUGCCAUGGCCCUCUGUUCAGGGCAUACUUCUUCAAA